AUGGCAGAGGACUACGAGGAUUCUGAUUUCUCCUUAUCAUGGACUGAUCACCUGCAAGUUCUCCAGAGAGUGAUUACAGCUCUGCGUUAUAAGGAACAGUUUGCAGACGUGACCUUAGUUUGCAACAAGAAGCACUAUCCAGCUCACAAGUUUGUCCUGGCCAUGUGCAGCUCAUACUUCGAAGAGCUUUUUGAGCACACCCCCAGCAAGCAUCCCAUUAUUGUUCUUGCUGGCAUCCCUUCUGAGGCACUAGAGAAGUUGCUUGAUUUCAUGUACCUCGGCCAGACGGAGGUGCAUGGCAAGGACUUUGACCGGCUGCUAGAAGUUGCACAGGAACUGAGGAUCAGGGGCCUCAUGAAUACAAGUGACCACCCUGAAAACCAAGUACAAGUGGAGAACCAGACAGUAUUUCAAAGCAUCAAACAAGAGGUAGUGGAAGGAAUCAAAAUAGUGGAACCUGUGAGUUUAGCAGAAUUUCCUUUAAAUGGAGAACUGAUUGAGGUUGUUGGAGAAAAAAGGAAAAAUGAAAUCAAAGAACUUGUCGAUCUUAAAGCUGUGAAGAGUGGUAAUGGUGACCAUGUGGUAACCCACACUGUGACGAGCAGUAUGGUAGUGGAAA